AACAAAACCAAAAUCUAGUUAGAAAGGUAUCACUGCUGAGUGAAGCAAAUCAAAGAAUACAUAUUUCAGAGUAUGCCAUGGGCAACUGUUUAGGAAAAAAUACCCUCUUUUUCCACAGCUGUUUUAUUAGUUUAAAAAAUAAACUUUAAAUGAAGUCAUGCUCAAAGCUACAAUAAGAUAAUCAAAGCUCUUACAGAAGAACUGAAGCUUAGUGUCUCCUUGAAACCAAACUGCAGAGUGGAAGAAGCAGCUGUUCCCAGUCACUUUCUGCUCACCAAAACACCAGGUUUCUACUUUGUCUUUGAAAAGCAGGGAAUUUGUUGUGUAACUAACAAAUUACACUUCCUCCUCAGUGAGGUGGUGCUGACUGUGCAAACACAAACACUACUGGCUCAUCAAGAAAACACAAAGAAUCACCUCUUUUCAGGAAGUGCCUGCAACAGAUACUGCAAAGUGAAGGAGUUUCACAUAGAGGUAGUGUAACUAAACCAGAAAUUAGUUCCAUUCCAAAGGCUGUAGCAGAGAAAGAAGAUAUUAGACCUUCUAUGCCCUGUGUGUGCAGGUGUGGUGUGAGACAGAGGAAACAUUUUUUCCCUACAUCCACAUCCAGGAAUUUCCUAACCUUGGCAAACCUCGGUGGGGAAUUGUACCUGUCAUGGAUUAAGUAGUGUUUAUUUGGCUUUGUGUAAGUUUUCAGUUUACAAUGCUUACAGAUGAUCUGAUGUCUUCCUUGGAUUAGUGCUUACAGCUGAAGCUACACUAGGAUAGCAUCCGAGAGUUUUUUUUAAAAUAGCAGUAAUUGGCAAAAAUUCACAACAGAAAUAAUUGUAAAAGCUACAAGAACUCUAAAGCACGUUUCAGUUAUACUGUUGUAAUUCACUGCUCAAAACAAUGUGGGCUGUGGUUUUGCUUGUUAAAUAGUUAAGGAUCAACUUCUACAUUGUUACUAUUCUAGCCUUUAAACGUGGUUAUUCUGCUAGUACACACAUCUGCAACUUUUCCACAGUCUGCUUGAGGGGAGAAUAAUUUUAUCAAUCCAAUCUAACUGUGGUCACCCUUCUAUAAAGCUGCCUAACAGCACAAUUUAAAUCUAGCAAACUACAGUUCUUUGGAUGAUAGAAGUCAGCUACACAACCAGAAUUUUUCAAGGUUAAGACUCACUAUGAGAUUUGUAAGGAUUGUGAACUAUGGUUAACUGUGUAUUGGGUGCUUUGAAAUAACGUCUGUGCUCUCAUCUCCAACAGAUCCACAUCAAGGGGCAACAGGAAGAGGGAACAUCGUAAAAUCAUCAUGCAUUUACUGUGGUCAAAAUAACCAAGUUAUUUGGACUCUGAAUUUUGGUGAAACUAUUGUGCAUCUAAAACCCACCUUGCUAAAGAGGUUAGCCUAAAAUCUAGUCACCAAAACAGCAGAUUAUCAUGAAACUCAUUCUUAAAGAAUGCUUCAAUCAAAAAGAAAAUUAGAAAGCCUUCCUGGCAUUUGCUGUGGUCACACAGAGGGACCAACAUGUCAUUGAAUCAAAUGAGACCUCGAACUUCACAGCUGUUGGAACUUCAUGUUUUUUGUGUCCCAGCAGAAGUGUGGAACUUCAAGCUGAAUACAGUUCCUGUAGCUCUUACUAGCAAAUUUGUCUCAGCUGGAUUUAUAAGGGUGUCUCCUCACAUCACACUAAGAGUGCUGCGGGAGAGGCUUGGAGAGUACCUGGGUGGAGUGACAGUCGCAGAUAAAUUCAGAUUUUUAAAAUGCAUUGGGAAAAAACUAGCAGUGGUGAAAGCAAAGCAGGAAACAGAACUAGAACUGAAGUCAUUUGCUCCUCCUUAUGCACUUUAUCCUGAAUUAUAUUUAUUACCUGGAGUGGAAUAUUUUGAAAAUGUUUAUCCAUUGCUAUCAUCACCUCAACAGAAACAUCACAUUAGUGAAGAAGCUAAUAGGUUUGGUCAUGGAUCAAGAUUAUCCAGCCUUUCCCAACAGAAACCUGAAAAAGGCAAACCAUUUUUAGAAAGAAUACAAAGCAGGCAUCAGGUAGAAAAUGUGGAAGUGCCCAGUCCUGUGGAAUGGGGUGAGAAAGAGCCUGUUCCAGUUUCACACACAAACAACAAGCAAGACAAUAACAACAGGAUUCCAGAAAAACAGUUUGAAGAAAAAGAUCAAAGUAGUUUUGAUGGAUCUCUCUUCACACCAAGUCAUUCCAAUCCUGCAGACCAGCAGUCUGGAAAGUGGGAUCUGGUAUUACAGACCUCUGAGCAGAAUCAUCUCAGCCAAGGUGAAGAAGACUGCAAUGCUCCUAAGUGGAAUGACAAAGCCAAAGGAACUGCUCUUACUCGUGUAAACCACAGUGAUGAACAAGGCCAGGAACUGGCAAACAUGGAAAAUAAUGAGCACCAAAAAGAUACCAAAUUAAGAAGAGACAGAAUACAGGAUGCUGAAAUUCUUAAAAUAAGGGAAGACCAAACUACAGAUUAUGUCCACAAAAAACAAAGCUUGCAGCAAAACAGAAUUAAGAAGACUACAGCUGGUCUUGGUGAAAAACUGGAUAAUCAGGCAGAUGAAAACAAGCAAAAUCAUCUUACUUGUCCAAAAGAGUGUAUUUCAGCUCCUAGUUCACCUUUUUUGGCAUUUACUGUAAAUCCAGCUCAAGUUCCUGUAAUUCAGGCAGCAAAAAACAGGAUGGCAGAACAACUGCAACAAAUGAAGGAAGACAGAAGGCACAUGGAAAAAACUAGAGAAGAACUGAGAAAAAAAGCUAAAGGGCUACUGGAACAAAAUAAGCUGAGGAAAUACCAUGUGCGUGAGGAAUGGAAGAAGAAGUACUUUGAAACCAAGAAAGCUACAGUUUCACUGGAGGACACUUUAAACAAACUGCAACAAGAUUUAGAGCUUUACCACCAGAAAUUGCUCUUGCAACUGGAAGCCAGAAAUAGCCAAAAACGACCAAACAAAACAACAACCUCCAAGAAUUACACAAUCAUCCGGAUUGCCACAGUGCAGCACGAACUCCAUCAACUGAGGAGGAAGCUAGAGGAUACAAAAAUGAGACUCCUCAUAGAAAUUAAGAUGAGAAAGCAAGCAGCAUCUGAUUUACAAGCACUGAGAGCAGAACUGACCCAGAAGAAGAUUCAUUCAGCUUUAAUUCUCCAGUCCAGAAAAUCAGGAAUUUGAGAAGAUGACAUGAGUAACAUCUGUGAAAUGUACAGCUCUCUAGUGUAUGGGAAAGAGAGUUUCAGAGCAUUAAUUUGUAUGUUCUUAAAGUAAUUUUGUAAAAAGACAUUAACUAUAUAAAUGUUGUGGAAUUUGUAUUAUAUGCUACUGAGGUAAUGCAGCUCAUUUCUUUUUAAAUCUCACUUACUGUAAGAUCAGUCAGCUACUUAAACAUACAGUUUAAGCUAGAAACAUGUCUGAAACGAAGCUGUUAUUUUUAAAGUGCAAAUUAGUUAAUUGUGUAACAUACCAGUGGUAUGCUGAUGUUCUCUGAUUAACUAAAUAGCUACUAAGAAAUAAACCUAAAAUCUGUAACCUUCUGUCCUUAUUUUCAGGCUCACACAUUCUAUUUUUUAGAAAUUAUUAAAAUAUAAUUUAUGUAGAAAUACAGCAACAGUAAUCCUUUAUUUGGCUAUUUACUGGAGUAUGUUUUUUGCCAUUAUAAAUAUGCCUAUAUAAAUUACCAAUGUAUCAUUACUGUAUUACUGUGAAGCAUAAACAAAAUCUCAGAUAAUCUCACCUUAUUCCAUACCUAGCUGAUUUUGUUCCCUCUCUCAUUAGGAAAGGCACACAGACAUUAAGUGUGUUCUGUAGUUUGAAAGCUUGCCUGAAAGCUUUCUCUUGGGCCAAUAAAAUGAUGGUCCUGGUCCAAUUUACACUCCUGUAUGUUCUGCCUUUCCUUAAUUCCAAUAUCAUGCAUUCCCUGAGAUUAACAAUUCUCUGAAAGAGGAAUCAGAAACCUCUUCAUAGGACUUUUUUUUUCUAACUCUGCUGUUUGCCUCUUUGCAAACCAGAUGUUAUUAUAUUGAGCAGAAGAAUAACAUGCUAGGAAUUAAUCUCAGCUAAAAAGCUAUCAAGGCUGUAUUUAUAACUGGAAGUGAAACACUCAUGGGAAAUAAGUUAUGGGAUAAGAAAAUUAUGCAGCUCUCAAAAGAACUAAGUUAGAAAUGUCUUGAGUCAAACCACCCAUUAUCCAAUUUAUUUUCUUAAAGAUAGGACUUAACAAAGAUUUUAGUGCUAAAGGAUUGAAUAAAUUAUUAAAACUACACCCACUUUUGCCUAAUUCAGGGUUGAAGCUCACAUUCUUUAUUUAAGAAUUGUGUCUUAUUUAAGAUAUGAAAGCAGGCUACUAGCUACUGGAAUAUCAGAACCUAAAUUUAUAGUAUAGUAUUACCAAUUCAUGAGUCUUGACUGCUACAGGAAGGAGAGUUUUAUAAUUAAGUCAACUGGCCCUCAGAAUUUUGCAGGUCAGAUAUUCAUAGCAGAAGAUUCUCAGUUCAGCAAAUAUCCAUCUCACUGUACUUAA